AUGUCCGACAAUGCGACCAAGACCCCUCUCUCCGCCGUCCUCCCUCCCCUCAUCUUCGGCACCGCGACCUUCAACUACCAAUACAACCCGGAUCCCUACGAGCUCGACACCACAGGCCUUGUGCGCAAAGCGCUAGAAUUCGGCGUGCGCGCGUUCGACACAUCGCCCUACUACGGCCCAUCUGAAGAAAUCCUCGGCGCCGCUCUCGAAACCGACUUUGUGCGUGAGAACUUUGCACGAAGCGAUUACUUCCUCAUCACAAAAUGCGGGCGCAUAGCAUCAGACGAAUUCGAUUAUUCGAAAGAAUGGGUACGACAGAGUGUUCGGAGAAGCUUGGAGAGGUUAAAGACGGCGUAUCUGGAUCUGAUCUACUGUCACGAUGUUGAGUUUGUGUCUGAAGACGAGGUCAUGGAAGCGAUCCACGAACUACGGAGAAUACGCGACGAAGAUGGGACGAUCAAGUACAUUGGAAUCUCUGGAUACCCCGUGCCGGUGCUGUGUUCGAUCGCGAAGCGCGUACUGCGGGAGACCGGCGAACCACUGGACGCGGUUAUGUCUUAUGCGAACUUCACGCUGCAGAAUCAAUUGCUUGCAUCUACUGGAGUCAAGCAGUUGAAAGAAGCCGGAGUCGACGUUGUUCCCAACGCCUCGCCUCUCGGUAUGGGCUUACUGCGACGAGAGGGUGUUCCUCUGGGCAGCAUGGGCAAUUGGCAUCCUGCGGACAACGGAAUGCGUUCUGCGGUCAAGCGGGCCAGCGACUUCUGCGAUCGACACGACGAGAAGCUAGAGGUCAUUGCGAUUCGAUAUGCGCUGGAGAGCUGGCUAAAAUUGGGAGCGACGGUCGGCUCUCGCGGGGAUCCUGCCUCGGGCGUGCCAUGGAAACAAGAGCUCAACUCUCAAGUCGGCGGCAAUCGUCUAGGAGUCACCGUGAUGGGUGUGAGCAAGCUUAGCGAACUGGAGAAGACCAUGCAAGUCUGGAGGUCGAUUCUAGAUGGGCUCGAGAACGGCGCAGAGACCGCUCGCCUUGCUGGACGAUGGGAACGAGACCACGAGUGGAGUCUCAAUCGUCAGAGAGCAGUCCAGAUCUUGGCGGAUGGGAUCCAGGAGCAUCUGGACGAGUACCUGGACUUCACGUGGGACUCGCCGCCCGAGGGCUUUGUCAACAAGCGCGCGAAGCAGCAACAGCAGCCCUCACAGCCUCCCGAGGUAGAGCCUUGGAUGACCCCUGCAGCGAGUCCAUUGCCCGAUGAGUUACCAUCAGAUGAUGUUAGCCUGCCACUACGGUAG